ACCACAUGAGUUCAGGGAAAGAGAAACUGAAGUGUGGUUGAGCUGUUGUGCGUUUGUGUCUCUGUAUUCAAGCAGUAAAAUGGCAGGAGCCAGAGUUUUUCAGGAUGAGUUGAUGUGUUCAGUGUGUCUGGAUCUCCUGAAGGACCCAGUGACCAUCCAGUGUGGACACAGUUACUGUAAGAGCUGUAUUACAGACUGCUGGGAUCAGGAGGAUCAGAUGAGAGUCUACAGCUGCCCUCAGUGCAGACAGACCUUCAGUCCAAGACCUGCUUUAGCUACAAACACCAUGCUGGCUGAACUGGUGGAGAAACUGAAGAAGAGGAAACAUCCUGCUGACUGUGACGCUGGAGCUGGAGAUGUGCAGUGUGACGUCUGUACUGGAACAAAAUACAAAGCCGUCAAGUCCUGUCUGGUGUGUCUGGAGUCUUACUGUCAAACUCAUUUUGAGCGGCACAAGGAGUUUCAUUCACGUAAGCCACACAAAGUGACUGAUGCCACUGGACGACUGCAGGAGAUGAUCUGCCAGAAACAUGAGAAGCUCCUCGAGGUUUUCUGUCGCACUGACCAGAAAUGUAUAUGUGUGCUGUGUACGAUGGAUGAACAUAAAAACCAUGAGACUGUAUCAACUGCAUCACAGAGGACAGAGAAACAGAAGCAGCUGAAGGAGACGCAGAAGACGUUCCAGCAGAGAAUCCAGCAGAGAGAGAAAGAUCUUCAGCAGCUGAGAGAGGCUGUGGAGUCUCAUAAGCGCUCUGCACAGACAGCAGUGGAGGACAGUGAGAGGAUCUUUACUGAGCUCAUCCGCUCCAUUGAGAGAAGCCGCUCUGAGCUGAUACGACUGAUCAGAGAUCAGGAAAAGCGAGCGGUGAGUGGAGCUGAAGGACGACUGGAGCAACUGGAGCAGGAGAUCAAUGAUCUGAGGAGGAGAGACGCUGAGCUGGAGCAGCUUUCACACACACAGGAUCACAUCCAGUUCCUGCAGAGACGCCGCUUACAAAUGACUUUCAGCUCUGGAAAUCAUCAAACAUGGGAUCAGAGUUUCCAGUCUCUCUCAGCACCUCCUGAAUCUACAGACGGAAAUGACGAUCCCUUCAGUUCUCUCGUCUCUUUUGAUGGUCUGAGAGAAUCUGUCCAUCAGCUGAGAGACAAACUGGAGGAUUUCUGCAAAGAGGAGCUCAAGAAGAUCUCAGACAGAGUCACAUUCACCAACAUUGUUCCCAGGACCAGGAACGACUUCCUACAAUAUUCCCAUCAGCUCACUCUGGAUCUGAACACAGUGAGUAAACGCCUCCGUCUGUCUGAGAGAAACAGAGUGAUUACAUUCACUGACACAGAUCAGUCGUAUCCUGAUCAUCCAGACAGAUUUGAUGAGUUUCCUCAGGUGUUGUGUAGAGAGAGUGUGUGUGGACGCUGUUACUGGGAGCUGGAUUGGAGUCAGAGUGUGUGUAUAUCAGUGUCAUAUAAGAGCGUCAGCAGGAAGGGACGGGGUGAUGAGUGUUUGUUUGGACGUAAUGAUCAGUCCUGGAGUUUGUUCUGCUCUCCCUCCAGUUACUCAUUCAUACACAAUAAGAUAGUGACUGAUCUCCCUGUGACGUCCAUCAGCAGUAGAAUAGGAGUGUUUGUGGAUCACAGUGCAGGAACUCUGUCCUUCUACAGCGUCUCUGACACAAUGAGCCUCAUCCACACAGUCCAGACCACAUUCACUCAGCCGCUCUAUGCUGGGUUUUAUGUUACUGGAUCAGUGAAACUGUGUUGAUGAAUGAGAAUAGACUGAUGAGAGAUUCUACCCAUAAUGCUUUGAGCUGCAUGAUGAAUCAGUAACAGUGAGAUGUUAUAGAGUCUCUUCUUUUCUCUUCGUGACAUUCGGCAGAGAAUCAAAACCAGGAAACAAGACACAAGAGAACCAGGAUACAAGGCUAGGAAAUGCAGCUGUGACACAUCAAGACUCUGCAUUUAAUAUCUGAGUGAGCAGGGUUUAUACAGGCAGAGUCUGAUGAGAUGUGGGAAAUGUAGUUCAUGAAGGAGUAACAAUAGUCUGGGAUGGAGAGACAUCUAGUGGACAACCAUGGUUCAUAAUGGUCCAGUCAGACUAGAAAUCAUCAGUCAGAUACCAUUUCUUUCUGAAAAGGAACAGAGUUAUGAGGAUACUGUCACAGACAGAGGACGAUAGACUCAGGUUAGUGCUGAGAAGGGUUUUAUUGAACACACAGUGCAGUGCAGCAGAGGAUCUCAGUGAAGGCUGUCAGAGGGUUUACGCCAGCUGGAGGUGUAGAGGAACAUCCCAACUUCCAAAGAGAGAGUUUAAAUGAAGAAGACUGGAAGAAGACAAGCUUAAAGACAGUCUUCGACGGGUCCUAGGUCCAGAUUGGAUAUCUGUAGGUGAGAUCAAUGAGACUAGACACAGAGUGAGGGGCAGAAUGUGUUCUUAAAGGUGAAUUGAUGACUGUGCAGGUGCAGGAGAUUAGAUCUCGGUGACAGUGAACGAGUGGGUGGUGCUGGAAGGUGUCCGUGACAGAUACUGGCUUUUCUAGUAUUUUUGAAAGAAAAAGUAGAUUCAGAAUCAGUUUGUUGUUAAAUAUUUCUCUCCCCGUUGUUGCUCGGGGGAUCGAUAGUGCUCUGAUACUGUUGCAUGAUUAUCAUUUUCUUGCUGAUAAGAUCAGUCUUGCAAGUAAAGAAAUUCACAGUCAGGAAAAUACAAUUACUUAUAGUCUGUCUGCAGGCACCAAUUACACAUCUAACAUCAUUAUUGCCGACAUGAAUAACAACAUUAGCCAGCACUUUUAUAUUUGCCAAGAUGUCAAGCGCUCAUAACAAUUUAGAAUAAAAAAGCUAAUGAUGUCGGAUUAAUGUGCUGGGCAAUAUUAGAUCAUAUUAUAUAUGUGUUGAUGAUAUAGUUGUAUUUAGCAAUUUAAACAAAAGUGUAGAGAGCUAUAAACAGACCGUUCAGCAGCAGCGAGGCUGAAUGAUCCAGACUUCAUCUGAGGAAAGAGUCUGUGAUGGUGUUUUCUCGUGGUUGGAGAUGGAAGUGACAGAUCAACAGACUGAUGUUACAGGUGCCUCUACGACAAACUGCUUUUGUUCCUCUUUUAUAAGUCACUCUGGUUAAAAGCAUCUGCCAAAUGCAUAAAUGAUGUGUGCAUCUUAUUCCCUCAAAUUUUAUAUAUGUGUAUUAUUAUUAUUUUUAUUUUUUCCUUUUUGUGUUGCAGUUAAUUUUUGGCUAUUGUUUGGGGGAAACAAAUUCAAAUGUAUUAACAAAAACAAAAAAAGUCAUGAUAAUCACAUUUAAAAGUCAAGUUUCAAACAAGUUGUAGAAUCAAAUUAAGUUGUAGAAGGAAACAAGCACCUAACCAGUGAAUACUAUAUCUGCAUUUUCCUCAUGUCAUUUCAUAUUUCUAUGUUCAAACAUUAAUAAUGCAAUUGUAACUGGUUUAAAUGCAUUCAUGUCACUCCUGAGCUGCCUUAAACAGUCUGUAUAAAUACAUCUAAUGCCAUUUCAGAUGCAGCUUCUGUCACCUCUGUAGUGCAACCAUUGGUUUUGUUGAUACUGAUUUCAUUUGAUUGGUAACAGUGUCUUAUUAUUCCAUUUAAAUAUAUUACAUUUAAGAUGAUGUGUAAAUUUAACAAGGUCAGAAAAAUCAAUAAAAAAUGUAUGGUUGCUAUAAAAUAAACCUUCCCAACCCUGUUCAUACAUUCCCUGAGAAUUGAACCCAUAACCUUGAUGUUGCGAGCGCCACAGUCUACUGUGUGUUUUUAUAUGAUAUGAUCAGCAUUACAGUUU